AUGGGGGAUAGUAGCUUGCUUCCACCAAAAGUCUCAUCCCCUGGCUUGCACCCCCAGAAUAAACCAAAUCUGCCCUCUCACGCCCAAACGGGUAUUCAAUCUCCUUGGUUUAUGCAACGUCCUCAAGGCUCUGGAAUCGAUACGACAGCAUUUUCCUUUGCCAAACCAGCCAUUCAUCGACAGAGCUUUACCUUGAGUAAACCACCCAGACUGCCCACGGUCAACUCUAUACCUCUAGGACAUUCUCUGCCCUUGGAGCUUCCGAAACCGCCACUGGGUCAACCGAAUCACAGAGAUGAGCUUCAAAGAACCCGUAUUCUAUCCCAUGUCGAGCCUAGACCUCAGCAUACCGAGGGCCAAAUUCCAAACAGUGAUUUCUCCGAUUUAGGAAAUGCGGAUAGCUUCCUCCCUGUCAUCCUCUGUCGAAAAAAAUCCUCUCCUGUGGGAACUGAGGUUACAAGUCCACGACCAAAGCCCAGAGCUGAGACUACCCAGCAACAGACCCCUGUGACUAACAACGCCAGCAAAGUUGCCGCAGCUGCCAACCACAAAAAUCCAGAAAAAGGAAGGGUCGUUCCCGAUUCGACUUCCUCCGGGUCGUCACAUAACCAGGUCGAGAAAGCUGAUGCGGUGACUCCACUUGAUCCUGCAUUCCACGAGAAGGAAUUACAAAAGAAUGAUUUCCUCAUUACAAAAGUUCCAGGCCAGACUCGAAAAACGAUGCCCACCCGAAGACAGAGGUCAAUCUCGUUUAGCAAAGUCGAACCCCAUCAGCUCAACGAAGACAAUCUAUUUGAGUUGCUCAUUAGAAAGAUGAAACAGCGGGAAGAGAAAGAAGCUGCUGUAGCUGCAAUGAAUUGCCAGAUGGAAACAGAGAACACGUCUUUGAAAGAUGAAAAUCAAGGGCUACGACAGCAGCUUCAUGUCUCUCAGUUGCGUCUGCAGAAGAGCACCGAAGAAUCAAAAGCGAGUCGAUGUCUUUUGAGCGAAUGGAAAUCAAAGAUCCGCAACUUCAAACAAGUUGUCAAUGAGCUGGGACAUGGAUACGAUGCCCUUCAUGACGAAGCAAAUAGACACCGGGAGACUGUCCUGGCACUGGCCAAGGAGAAGGAUGACCUUACCAGGGCAAUCGAUCAGACCAAGAUCCGCAUUUCGCAAGCUGAAGGGAUGAUUGUCACUCAGCAAAACCAGAUAUCCGAAAGCGAAAAGACCAUCGCUUCUCUCGAGCAUGCCUUGUCUGCUUCGCGGGUGGCAGAAGAGAGCGCAAACUCACAAUUAUCUGAACAGAAGAGGCGGACAGUGACUCUGGAAUCGUAUAUUCAAAACUACGCUUUGGCCCACAAAAGGCAGCUGGAUCUGAUGAAAAAGGACCAGGAAAGUUUAACGGUAAAGUUUGCAACGGGGUUGAUGACCGUGACACGCGAUUCCGCCAGUAGCAGAGAAGCUGUUCUUCUGGCGAUCAAAGACGCAUAUGAAGAUUGUCGCUCCUCUAUACUGUCAAUGAGCGAGAGAUUUUCAGAAGAACAGGAAAAUGUCGCAGAGUUCACAGUUCAAGCUCAUGAUGUGGUUUCCCGGAUUGACUCCUUAUCGUCUCGGUUUUCCGAGAAUAUCGAAGGGGGUAUCAAAAUCAACAAUGGGGUAGCUAAAACUCUUCAAAAGAAAUUCCAAGAGAUUGAGUGUCACCUUAGUCCUGACUCACCAAUGUUCAAGCUUCUUUGCCAGAAUGAUACCUCAUAUGUCGCUCUGAAAGGGAAGUUUAAGACCCUUGAGCCGACCUUGAACGCGCUUGGUACUUCCGCCAGAGCCUUGACUACGAAAGAAGACACUCUUAUCCAGGAGCUCGCAACCUUCUCCAAAAAUCUUGUAGAUACCCAGGCUCCAAGGAACAACCCAGUUCUUGAGCUGGAGCUGGCGAAUAAGGUUUCAGAAAAUACCCGGUUGCAGAUUCAGCUUCAUGACCUGAGCUCAAAGGUUGUUGCCCUGCAGAAAAGCCUCGAUGACAAAGAGACAUUGAUUCAAGAUACACAAAGGUGCUUGGUGGAUGUCAAUGCAAAGCAGGAAACAGCUGAUCGUCAAAGAAAACAGCUAGAAGCCGAAAAAGGGACCUUGCAACAGGAGUUCGCGGCGACCGAAAAAAGAAUUCGGUUAGAGCUCGGUAAACAGAAUGCGGAAUUGAUCGAGCAAAUGAGGACUGAGCAUCAAGCGGAAAUCAAUGGAUUUCAAAAGGAAAAGGAAGAUAUCGAAGAGGUGUCUGGAAAGCUCAUCAAUCAGCUUCGCGGGAUUCAAAGCUCUCUGAUCGACGCGAAAAGGCUCCUUGAUGAGCAAGGAAGGGAGCACAAGGCUUUGCAGCUCCAGGAGACAGAACAGCAGAUAGAAAAUCUCGAGAAAUUCGAUGUAGAGUCCAAGGCUCAACUGGAAAUCCAGCGCACGGAGAUAGAAAAGUUUCAGGAGCUCGACGCUACUUCUCGUGCUGAAAACAGUGAUCUUCGAGAUCAACUGGAACAAGCUCAACAAAGGAUCCAUGAUCUUGAAGCGCAGCCAUGCUUUCCAAUCAAACCGGAAGACAUCAAGGCACCACAGCCAACCCAUAUAGUGCCUUUCGCAACUAUCGAGAGCCAGCUCUUGGGACAACAAACUGCCUCGCAAUAUGGUGAAUCGUACGACUUUACAAUGCUCUUCAUGUCGGACGACCAGUGUCCAACACCAAUAAACAAAGGCACUACCCAAGACCCCCCACAAGACCAGCCCGAGAAUCUUGACAUUGACAGUGGACCCCAGCCAGGCCCGAGUAGCAAAGAUCCGUCGCUCAUUAGCUCUGACAAAUUGAUACUUUCUCCAAACAAGAAGCGCAAAGGAGUCAACUUUGAGCCUGGUAAUGCUACAAAAAAGGGAAAGGAGUCCCUGAAUGUUCAGCCAGCUGCCAGCCAAUCGCAGAAGGAAGUGGAGGAAAACCCUAACAAAGCCUCUAAGCACACUCACAAGUGGACCUACAGCCGUAUCCAAAGCCCAACCAUGGAGAAACAACACGAGCAAACUGGCGUACCUGCUCAUGCCGCCACAGCCGAUCGACGAAGCAGCCCGAAGAGUCUUGUCUCCGCAAGCAGUGCACCAGCAGUCACGCAGCCUAAGGCUCGAACUACUCGCGGCCGCCGGAAGGGUCGAGGCCAGCAAUACGAUGCGCGUUUCCAGGAAGUUUAA